AUGUACGGCCUCCUCUUCGGCUUCGUAGCCAUCGCCUUCGGCCUCCUUUUAACUCUUGGAAAAUGGACGGUCGAAUACUACCGCGACCCAAAGGGUCUUCGACGGUAUCCCAACAUGACUUUCUUCUCGGGCAUGACGAACAUACCUUACAUGCUCGUCUCGUACGCAGGCUUUCGAUCGAAGUACAUGCUCGCCAAGCAUCAGCAAGGCGACGCAAUUUUUCGAACUGGCCCGAACACUUUGUCGUUUAGCGACAUGCGAGCCAUCAAGGAUAUCUACGGCCAUGCCACAAAGUGUACCAAAGAUGGCCAAUAUGUCGUUCAAUCGGGAACGCACUACCACUUGGCCGACGUUGUCGACAAGAAGGAGCAUGCUCGCAAGAGGAAAGUCUUGUCCUCCGCCUACGCUCUCAAGAACCUUGAGGAAUGGGAAUUCAAGGUUGCCGACAAGGUCGAGAGGAUGAUCGCGCAGUUCGACAAGCGCUGUUCCGAUACUGGCCAAGAUGUCGUUAUUGACUACCGCCCAUGGACCAAUUACUUCACUCUGGACGCCAUUGCAGAUAUCGGCCUGACACACCGCUUGAACUUCCUCGACAACGGCAGUGACCGCACCGUCGGCGCCAGGACAGAUGGUAGCACUUAUGACUGCAACUACCGAGAGUGCCUGUACGCCAACUCCCGAGCCACUUCGAUCUUCUGCUACACAUACGACUGGUAUAAGCGCAUGACCAAGCUGAGCAAGCUCUCGCCUUACUUCAAUCGCCUGUGGAAGCUGAACAACGACUGGGAUGGCAUUCCUCGCUAUCUUGCAGCGGAACGCUUCAAGCGAUACCAAGCUGGCGAGAAACUCGACGAUUUCUUCCAGGCCCUGAUGGAGGACCGGAAUGGCUCGCCACACACUUUGGAAUGGGGCGAAGUCGUUGCGGAGGUCACCAUUAUGAUGAACGCCGGAAGUACCACGACCGCCAUUUCCAUGGCGAAUGCCAUGUACCAGCUGCUCAAGCAUCCUCGCUGCAUGGCAAAGCUUCGUCAAGAGAUUGAUGAGACGCUCGAAGAAGACGAAGAAGUUGCCCCAUACGAGAAAGUCAAGUACCUCCCAUACCUGCGAGCAUGUCUGGACGAAAGCCUUCGCUUGUUCCCACCAAUCUCGCACGGUCUCACGCGAGAGACUCCAGCUGAGGGCCAAGAGAUCGCCGGCGAGUACAUAAUGGGUGGGACGACCGUUAACGUAAGCUCUUUCAUCGCCCACAGAGACCCGACAAUCUUCCCGGAUCCAGAGACAUACAAUCCUGAGCGAUGGCUGGGCGAAGCGGGCAAGGAUCUUGGUCCAUACUUCAUCGCCUUCUCGGCUGGCGCUCGUGGCUGCAUUGGCCGCAACAUUGCAUACUUGGAACAGACAGUUCUGCUUGCAAGCAUGCUCCACCGAUACGACUUCGAGCUCGCUGACCCGAAGUUCGAGGUUGGUAGAUACGAGUGGCAGAACCUGCACCUGACCGAGUUGCCCGUGAAGAUUCAUCGCCGGAAGAAAGCCCUUAUUGAGGCCAACUAA